AUGUUCAAGGUCAAGUGGUACAACGAGGCGCUAGCUAUAAGAAUUCACCGGUUGGAUGAGCCUGCCUGUUGUGUAGCUGUAGAGGCAGAAGGGGAUAGUAAACCAUGGUUUCAUGACAUCAAACAAUUCCUUCAGAAACAAGAAUAUCCUGCAAACGCCUCAAGCGGUGAUAAGAAGACACUCAGGAGAUUGGCUUCCCAAUUCUUCCUUAAUGGGGAGGUGCUUUAUAAGAGGAAUCAUGGCAUGGUCUUGCUCAUAUGCUUGGACGGAACUUCCAUUCGCACCUUAACAGGAGUAACUCCCUUCUCUCUGGUAUAUGGUACCAAAGUUGUACUCCCUGUCAAAGUCGAAAUCCCUUCAUUAAGAGUCCUGAUGGAGACCAAACUAGACGGAGCGGAAUGGGUGAAAACAAGGUUCGACCAAUUAAACCUCAUAGAAGAGAAGCAUAUGAAUAUGGUAUGUCACGGGCAGCUGUAUCAACGAAGGCUCAAGAAAGCAUUCGACAAGAAAGUUCAUCCUCGACACUUCGAAGAAGGCGAUCUAGUGCUUAGGAAAAUCCUACCUAUCCAUAAAGAUCCCCGCGGAAAAUGGACCCCAAACUACGAGGGACCAUAUAUAGUGAAGAAGGCCUUCUCUGGAGGAGCUAUGAUUCUUAUGACUAUGGACGGAGCUGAGUUACCAUGA